CUAGCUAGGAAUUGAAGAGGUGAAUUUGUGUCGGUUUUGGAAUCUGGUGUUUCGAUCAACGGCUCCUUUAAGGCAAGAGCCCUAGGUAGCUGGGAAGUUUGAUCCAACUCCAGUGUCACAGCGUUCAUAAAUUCAUGCUCAUGGUUCUUCUCACUGACUGAAAAGAAUAGAAAGGAGAAAAAAAGAAGAGCUGUCUCUGGGAUUGCUCGCGCAUUGGUCUUUCUUGUCGGCCCCUCGUCGUGUUCUUGGGUCCUCCUCUCAGCUCCUUUUUUUCUCUUCUUCGCUUCUCGCGAGCUAAAUGGCGCCGUUGGGCGCUUCAUGAAUGCUCGUGGGUCGUGGCAGAACUGUCACUUGUGUGGAGUCGGGGGAUGUGGGCACCCCGGGUUUGAUCCGUCCAGGAUCGCCCACGAGUCGAUUCGAUCCCUUCGUUCGUCCUCGCCACAACCAUGGCAUUGAUCGUCACAGGAAUGCUGCUUGCAUUGUCGCUCCUGCUGGAGCUCCUGGCUUUCCCUUCGAAUGGAGAAGUGUACAUGGUGAUCAUGGAAGGGGAUCCAGUGUCCAGCUACGCGGAGGCGUUUGGAGCGGAGGAGGUGGACAUUGGAAUCGGCAAAUCCAGCUCCACGAAGAACAUAGUGGAGCUCUACAAAUCUCGUCUCGUCCAGCAGCACGACAAGUUCUUGCAAGAAACUUUCGCUAGCAGCGGCGCCGGCUACCAGAAGCUCUACAGCUACCACCACUUGAUCAAUGGCUUCGCCGUGAAACUCCAAGAUCACCAGGCAGACACACUCAAGUCAGCCCCGGGAGUGAUGCUCGUCCAAAAAGAUUGGAGAGUGAGCAAGCUCACGACACACACCCCCGAUUUCCUGGGACUCCCGACCGGAGUGUGGUCGCAGCAGGGUGGCGCCGGCAAUGCGGGUGACGGGAUCGUUGUGGGGAUCAUCGACACUGGCAUUGAUCCCACGCAUCCAAGUUUCUCGGGGCAAGCUUUCGCUUCCAACUCCUCCUCCAACACGUCGAGCGGCUUGAAAAACUUUCGAGGCUCUUGCGAGGUGGCCUCGUUUUGCAAUGGCAAGAUCGUUGGAGCUCGACACUUUGCCGCUGCCGCCACGGCUUCCGGCAACUUCAACGCGUCUGUGGACUUCGAUUCUCCUCUCGACGGCGAUGGCCAUGGAUCCCACACUGCAUCGAUCGCAGCUGGAAAUUACAACGUCCCUGUGACGAUAAACGGGUACAGCUACGGGAAAGCGAGUGGUAUGGCACCACGAGCAAGGAUAGCAGUGUACAAGGCACUGUAUAGGCAAUUUGGAGGAUUUGUAGCAGACGUUGUGGCAGCCAUAGACAAGGCCGUAGAGGAUGGAGUGGACGUUUUAAAUCUCUCUGUUGGUCCCAACAGUCCUCCCAGCAGCAGCAGUGCCACUUUUCUCAACGUUUUCGACAUGGCUAUCCUGGCAGCAGUGAAACAAGGCGUCUUUGUUGCUCAGGCGGCUGGGAAUGGAGGGCCGUAUCCUCGGACCAUCGUCUCUUUCAGCCCCUGGAUCGCCACCGUGGCCGCAGGACUCGACGACCGGAGCUAUCCAAACUAUAUCAGCCUCGGCAACGCUAAAACUCUCCCCGGUGUUGGUCUCGCUCCUCCAACUCCAGGAAGCAGCACGUACAGCAUGAUCCUCGCCAAGGACGCGGUUGGAAACAGCUCAAACUAUUUCUUCAGUCCCAACGAUUGCCAGGACCCGAGCCUUUUCAACGCCCAGCUUGUCAAGGGAAAGGUACUGAUUUGCACCUUCUCCUUCAGCUUUAUCUUCGGUGGUGCCACCGUCCACCAAGUCGCCGCCACCGUCGCCAACCUCAGCGCCGUGGGAUUCGUCCUGGUUGUGGAGUCGGACUUGGCCGGGAGCAAGUUUGAGCCGGUUCCAAUCUCGGUUCCCGGGAUCGUCAUCACAACUUCCGAGAGCUCGGAGGAGCUUCUACGCUACUACAACUCGUCCACCACCCGGGCAGCGAAUGGAAAGGCUGCGAGUUUCAAUGCCACGGCCAAGAUCGGGAAUGGACAAGAGGCGGUGUUCAACAGCUCGGCUCCACAGGUUGCUCUCUACUCGUCUCGCGGCCCCGACGUGAGGAACUUCGCGUUCCAGGACGCCGACGUUCUCAAGCCAAACAUCCUCGCCCCCGGAUCGCUCAUCUGGGGAGCCUGGACUCCCAGUGGAACGGACGAGCCAAACUUCCAAGGGAAGAACUUCGCUCUUGUUUCCGGGACGAGCAUGGCGAGCCCGCACGUAGCAGGCAUCGCGGCGCUGCUCAAGAAGGAGUUCCCCGGCCGGAGCCCCGCGGUGAUCGCCUCGGCGAUGAUGACCACCGCUUCCACCACGGACAACCGCGGGAGUCCGCUGCUCGCGCAGCACGUAAACGCGGCAGGGGGCUCGAGAGGAUCAAACGCCACAAGCACGAGGAACAACGGGAGCAAGCCUUCGAGCUCUGCGUCGUCGGACCUCGAGAGCGCCACCCCGUUCGACUACGGCCACGGAGCCAUCAAUCCAAAGGCCGCGCUGGAUCCGGGCCUCGUCUUCGACGCAGGAUACGGUGACUAUAUCAAGUUCUUGUGCGCGGUUCCCGGCGUGAACGCCACCGCCAUCUUCAACGCGACGAGGGAGCGGUGCUCGCAGCCGGCGGGGCUAAUGUCGGACCUCAACUUACCAUCGAUAACCAUCUCCAGCUUGGGCGGCGAGAGGCGCGUUCCAAGGACCGCCACCAGCGUCGGGGCCAAGACGGAGAAGUACCGCGUGGUGGUGACCAACCCGGCGGGCGUGGCGGUGAGCGUUAAGCCGUCCGCGUUUGCGGUGGAUCCCGGGCGAUCGGUGUCGCUGGGCAUUCUAGUCUGGGCCAGGGACUCGUCCGAGGAGUUUAGUUUUGGAGAGAUGAGGCUGGUGGGCGAUCUCGGACACACUGUGAGGCUGCCCAUCACUGUUUUGAGGAGGCAAGCCAAUAGCUCUAGCUAGCGCGAGCGCCAUAGCGAGGUAUAGUAUAUAAAAGCGUUUCCAUUAGAGAGAGAGAGAGAGAGAGAGUCAAAUCUAUGAGCAUAUUCUUAAGCGUAGGGUUUAUUAUGUUUUUAAGAAUAUUCUUGAAUC